GCGAGAGAGUCCCCGGAUGUUCGCUGUGGAAUUGUAAGUAUAACUGUGAGGGGGGGGGGAAAGGUGCCUGAAUCCUGAGGACGAUACUGACCAGUGCGCUGACCAAUGUGAAGCGAGCGUAAGCCGGGGGAAAUCAAGGGAACGUGUCAGCAGCACCAGCGGCAGGGGAGGAGGGGGAGUGGCGCCAGUGGUGGUGGCGGCGGCGGCUGUGGCGGCGAAGAAGCUCAACCCCCUUGGGUGAAGACGAAGUUGCGAGUGAGGGGAGAUUGCCGCUUGAUCCAGAGCUAACCUGGACCCGUUCAGCACAGCGGUAGCGCCUAGCAGAGAGCUGCCUCUGGAUUUCUGUGCUGGAGGAGAGUGUUGAGCAGAGGCCCCCGUCUCUCCUUCCCCACGCCGCCUCGUGUCGACACCAUGACGUCGGAGCUGGAGAGCAGCCUGACCUCCAUGGACUGGCUCCCGCAGCUGACCAUGCGGGCCGCCAUCCAGAAGGCAGACGGAGGGCCGCGGGGCCACGGCCACGGCCCGGGCCCCAACAAGAAGGGCGCCCUGCUAGACCCCGGAGGCGGCGCCAUGCUCGACCAGGAGGAGGCGCAACAGCACAGGGACGGCAAGCCACCCUACAGCUACGCCAGCCUCAUCUCCUUCGCCAUAAACAGCUCGCCGAAGAAGAAGAUGACCCUCAGUGAGAUCUACCAGUGGAUCUGCGACAACUUCCCGUACUACCGCGAGGCGGGCAGCGGCUGGAAGAACUCAAUUCGGCACAAUCUGUCACUGAACAAGUGUUUCCUCAAAGUGCCUCGCUCUAAAGAUGACCCCGGAAAGGGCUCCUACUGGGCUAUCGACACCAACCCCAAGGAGGAUGCACUGCCUGCCAGGUCAAAGAAGAGGCCGCGCUCCAUUGAGCGGGCCUCCACGCCCUACAGCCUGGACUCGGACUCUAUCGGAAUGGACUGCAUCAUGUCUGGAAGUGCCUCUCCAACGCUGGCGAUCAACACUGUGACGAACAAGGUACCAUUGUACAACACGGACCAGGAUGGCAGUGACAGUCCCCGGAGCAGCCUUAAUAACAGUCUGUCAGAUCAGAGCCUGGCGUCAGUGAACCUGAACAGCGGAGCCACGGUGCAUAGCUACACGCCGGUUACCAACCACCCAGAACCUGUUUCCCAGUCCAUGAGUCUCCAGCAGCCGCCACCCCAGCCUCAGUACAGUAUCCCCGACCGGGACAAGCAGCUGCUCUUCUCUGACUUCGAAGAUCUCAGUGCCUCCUUCCGCAGUCUCUACAAGUCUGUUUUCGAGCAGUCCUUCGGCCAACAGGGUCUGAUGGGCAUUCCCUCAGAGGGCUCUCAGUGCCCUUACCAGGACUGCCCCAGCCCGCACUCCCACCAGGGCAGCCAGGUGGCGCUGUCGCACGCCGCUCAGCUGCAAGCCCAAAACGCCCACGGCUCGCCACAUGGCCAGCACCGCCACCAACACCAUGCCCCACACCCUCAGCACUCCCCACAUCCGCAUCCAUCCCAGCAUGCCCCGCCACACGGGCACCAUCCGGGCCAGCACCCGCCUCUCUCUUCCCAGCAUGCACAGCACUCCCAGCAUGCACAGCAGCACAGCCAGCACCCCUCCCAAGCACAGCACUCUCAGCACCCUUCCCAGCAUGCACAGCAACACGGUCAACACCCUUCCCAACAACAUCAGAACCACCAGAAUCAGUCCCAUUCAGCUCAGCAACAGAUGUCCUGCAACUCUGUGGGUCUCCCUUCGGACUGGUACCCCAACCUCGAUGCCCUGAAGGAGAGCUGUCGGAUCGCCAGCAGCUACAACUGGGCGGACGUGGACCUCUCACCCUUCCAAGGCUUAAAAGAGAGCAUGAGACAAGCUGAUCUGAAUAACUGGUCUCUGGAUCCAUCACAAAUUGCAGACCUCUGUUCAUCGAUCAACCAGUUCUUCGCCCGCACUGGCAUCUUCCCACCACAGGGGGCAGUGCAGUCUCCCAUGUGCCAUGGCUCCAUGCACCCUAACAAAGCCAACCAGCACAUUAGCACAGGAAAUCUAUACAUGGACUCCAGGCAAAACAUGCCUUCCAUGAUGGGCCCCCCCGGCUAUCCCCAUGUGCCCCCCAUGACCAGUGCAGGUCCCACCUUAACAGGGCACCAUGCACAGAUGAACCAGCAGCAUAUGAUGUCACCCGGAAACUUCCAGAUGCGUCGCAUGCCCGCCGACGAGAUCCAGGAUGACUUUGACUGGGACUCCAUCGUGUAGGGCCCGCGCAGCCGUGUUGGGCGUUCAUCAGUGCGUGAGGUUGAGAGGCUAUGGUGGGCCCGGCCGGGCCAUCCUAUAACCAGGGCGGGGGGUGUCAUGGGAGAGGCCCCCCCCGGACCUACCCAAACCACUCACAAAAUAAGGCCGAGUUCCUCUGAAGACAAUCAUAUUUAGUAGGAUGAUUUUUGUACCAUCUGGCAGGUAGUUCAUACUUUAGCCUGAGCAAGCUGCCCCUUUCCUGACUUGUCCAAUCUGGUAUUCAUUUGUGUGUCGCCUGGUAGAGGCCUUGUUGUUCCCUUUCGUGGGGGGGGAGGGGGGGUGUUACCCAUUACCUCCCAGGCUGUGGGGUUCAAGGUGGUUGAGUGUCAAGAGGCGACCUGUGACCUAGGGCCUGCGUCUCUGUUUAACGCUUCAUUCAUUAAUGCAGCAGUGUUCGUCACCAGUGUGCUUAAUAGUAACACACCCUGAACAGCAGCAUGUGCCAGAAUAGCCUCAUGGGGGUGUCAUCUGUAUGCUUACUGAUAAGUAACAGCUCAGAUUUUAAUUUUGGACAGUCUGGCAGUACAGGCUAAGUGAUUCCCAGUUGUCAGCACCCUGUUCUGCCACUGUGAGGCAGUAUUCCACAUUCUUUUACUUCAGGGACCUGUCGUACCACGUAAUUGUCCACCUGAAGCCCACCGAGACCGGAGUUGAUUUUGCUUUGAGUUAGUCGAGCUGGAGAAUCGUGCUUCCGAAUGACUGGUUCGCCAUCUAGUGGCCGUCUCGGCACAGAACCCGAAACCGAGAAUGACAGGGUUUUUCUUACCUGCUGUUGCAGUGGGUGUUUUACCGCAACAUUAAUCCUGUUAAAGAGCAGAAUGUGACAGUGGAAGCUGCCUCCACUGCCAGAAUCCUCAGUUCUGCCGCAGUGUGUCGGAUUAACGCAAAUUAUCUCCUGGAUCUCAGCACCGAAGCCAGCGAGGUGCCGUCAUGUGGCGUGUGCAUGUGUGUGCGCGUCACAGGUGAGGCAGAGCUGCUGCACUCCACAAUGUACACGGCAUCACCACUCCUAGGAAAUUCUACUCCUGUUCUUCCUGUAUGCUGUAAUUGUGUUUUUUUUAGCUCUGUUUAAUAUUCAGACUAAUAACCAAUCAGCUGAUACAGCCACUUCUCUGUCAGCCUGUCAGAGGGGCUUUUGUGCCCUCUGUGUGACUUGUGUGCUUGGGGCUGACGUAGCUAAUCCAGUGCGGCAUCCAGUCAUUGUGUGCUGAACUGCAGGCUCCCCUGCCGGCUCCUGCGUUUGUGCACAGGAGUGAGGCGUCACCCGGCCCUGUGCACUAUGCUGACACUGGCUUGGACAUUUAGCAUCCAUUGUAAAGGGUAAGUGUCUGGCACGAAGAUGAACUGCCACCCCCCCAGGGCUCAAUUAAUGAGUGGGGUAGCCUGGCAGAGGUAUGUGAUUCCCCCCCCCCCCAAUGUAACAGCUGCUCUCAGCUUGUGUCGAAGAAGCACUUUUCACUCUGACACUGUUAGAUUCGUGUUUGUGUCCCGUGUGAUUUGAGAAUCUGCAGCUUCAGUCAGCCACUGAUCUCAUGCUGCUUUUUAAUUGGAUGAUAAAUCAUAGGGAAUCCCUUUGAGGCUGUAGUGAUUCCUCUGUUUUGAAUUGGCCCCUGUGAGGGACCUUGUCCUUACACAGGAAAGGCCCCCACGGCCGCUGGCGUGCUCCCUCGCUCACUCACCCCUGUCCAGCUUGCAGGCCUGAACAUUUCUCCAGAUUCAGGCUGUGACUUGCAGGGGCGUGUGGGUGAGUUUUAAUUCGGACCUGUCACAUGGCCAGUGCCGCUGAACAUGAGAAAGAUGAACGGGCACCAUUCUGACAACAUCGCAGCAAUAGUAACCCUGUUUGGUCUGACGCAAGCCAUCCAAUCCAAGUGAUAAGCUAACUUUUGGGUCAAAUUCUGAUGAACUCUUCUUCUGAAAGUUCUGGAAGUGUUGGAAGGAUGAAGAUUCCUGGGGAUUCUGUGGUCUUAACUGAAGGGCAUAUGAUUGGCUCCCCCGGGUAAUGAGGGCGGGGGGGGGGG